GAUUAACGCCGUAUCUUACUCAAUUGUACAAUUACUUUUUAUCGACUGUGCAUUUAAUACAAUUCGAUCAAGUUCCAUAAUGUCAUAAUAGAGUACGUGGUGGAUACAAUUUAAAUAGAAUGAAAGCGGAUGAAUUAGAAUCCUUACAUCUUCCCUCGAGGGGUCAUAGUAGCAGAUUUGAAAGUCCAGUUUCAUCAAAAUUCAAGCUCAGCAGCACAGGAAAGACGCGAAAGAUUGCCGGCAAAAACCUAACCUCAGUUAUUUUACAAAAUCGUCAGAGUUAUCGCAUAAUAGAAGAUGAUGUCGAUGUUACUCCAAAAUUAUUAACCCAUCCAAUUUAUAGUUCAAUCGAUGAAAAGCAAAUAACUGCAUUUGAAACAAUUGGAUUGUCUCAAAUCGUCAGCAUCGGACAACUAUCUAUCAUUUCCGGUAUAAGAAGUGCAUCUGCAAUUAUCAGAGCAUCCUCGCUUCCUUCUGGCACUGUAGUAGCUGAGGAUGUAUUAUUUGAAAGUUUAUUAUCUACUCAAGUUGAUGAAUAUGUAUAUGAAAAAGAAGAAGCUCCUCCUCAAUUUUAUCUAUCUAGUGACGAUCCAAAUAUUUUCUUGACUCGACCUGAAACUGUAAAACUCUGUUUGAAAGAAACAGAGACCUUUUUUAUUUUUGGAUUAGAUCCUCGGGUAGCUGAUUUACAUACGCCGGAAGGUAUAAAAGUUCAAAAAGAAAAUGAGAAUUACGAAUAUAAAACAAUUGGACCUGGUUCACAUAGGAAAUUAGUAGAGAUUGAAACUCAAACUAUACAGAUACUUAUGAGAUCUCGAGGAACAUAUCUUUGUAGAGAAAGACGUGUAAAUGAGGGAAUGUUCGUAAAUAAUUGGGUGAUACAUGAUACAUAUGCUCAACCCGAAUUGAUACUCGAAAAAAAUGGUUUAUUUGUAGUACAUAGAAAAGAAUCUAUACAAAGGAUGCUAGAAGCGCAGAAUUUGAGAUCUAAAUUACCAAAGUCUGAAAUAAUCGAGAUGCCUACCCUUCUUCAAGAACAGAUAUAUAUAUUCCAACAAGAUAAUUUCCGGAAUGCUGUGCGAAUAAUGGAGAGUAUAAUAUCGAACAACAUUUUCAUUAAUGCUCAAAAACGUUUUACCGGUUUAAUCAAGCAAGAUCCAUGUAGCCUUGAUUUAGAAUUCACAUAUAGUCUGGAUCUUCUUUGGAUACAUAGCUCUGAAGAAACUUCGGGAAGACCAAUAGCUUCUUUGCGUUGGAAUUAUGUUAACAGAAGCAUUUUAGCUGUAGGAUAUGGAGCGCGAGAUAAUUCAGAAAUUAAAAAUGGCCUAGUUUUUCUUUGGUCUGCGAAAAAUCCUGGCAAUCCGGCACGUCGAUAUUUUUUCAAUAGUCAGGUAUCGGAUCUCGAUUGGAGUCGUGAUCGACCAAAUUUACUCGCUGUUGGCUUUUAUAAUGGCGAAAUCCUGGUAAUCGAUGUGAGUAAACCAGACCUCAAUAUUAUACGACGAAGUCAAAAGGAUACAGACUCUUCAAAUUCUCCGCACUGGCAAGUUCAAUGGUGGCCAGGUGAUGAACAAUACGAUUACGAAGAACAAAUUUACACGUGUAAUGAAGAUGGUUGCAUUUUCUGUUAUCGAUAUGUCGAAGAUUUUAUUUCGAUGACGAUUAUGAAAGUUUUUAGAAUAGAAGGAACAUUGCCAGGUGUUAAGAGAACUGUUCAAUGUGAUUUUUUUGGUGUAUCUAUUAGUCGAAGUCCUGGCGCAUUAGUGUUACAAAAGCAUCCUACUUUGAAUAAUAUCUAUUUUAUUGGCUCAGACGAAGGUUGUAUUUAUAAAUGCUCAACAAAUUAUUUAUAUCAAUAUAUAGAUAAUUUUCUAGCGCAUGAUGGACCAGUUUAUUCAAUGAUGUUUUCUCCAUUUUGUGAAAAAAUAUUUUUAACCUGUGGCGCUGACUGGUGUAUUCGAAUUUGGGCAGAAGGGCUAACAGACCCAUUGAUCACUUUGUCUACGACGAUGGCAUGCGUUCGAUAUGCAGUUUGGUCCCCAAUUCAUUCCACGAUCAUAGCGAGUAUCGUCAACAAUGAAAUCUGCAUAUGGGAUAUCAGACGGAAAAUAUAUAAACCUGCCUCGGUGACAAUAUCACCUAAUAGCGCUAGAUUCGUUAUGAUUGAUUUUACGGCGAAUGGUAACCAACUUGCAGUAGCGAAUAUAGAGGGUGCCGUAUUUUUAUAUAAUCUCGAAGGAAUGCCAUUUCCUCCGUAUAAUCAGCAACGUGUGUUGAUAGAUUCAAUCAAAAAAGCUCUGGUUACGAAACCAGUAAUUUUAAAAAACUUGAAGAAACUUGGAUCACCAUUUUAAAUAUAAUAUAAUAAAAAGAAAAUAAGA